AUGGCAGUGGCAUCACGAUCUUCCUCUCUUGGCUCUCUCGCCUAUUGCGCUCAUAUUUUCUACCUCCCUGGCAUCGCGCCUCGUGAUUUUCAUAAGGAUGAUGAGCUACAAGUGAAAGUGGACAAACUUUCCUCUACAAAGACUCAACUUCCAUAUGACUAUUAUUUCUUGGAUUUCUACAAGAUCAUGAAUAGUGCUGAAAAUUUGGGUGAGGUUCUCCAUGGUGAUUGCUUCGAGAACUCAGUUUACAUAUUCAAAAUGAGGAAUCGUGAGACAUGCAGAGUAGCUUGUUGUAGACAGCUUAACACAGAAACUACAAAGAAUUUCAUGGAGAAGAUUGAUGAUGAAUAUCAAGUUAAUAUGAUCUUGGAUAAUCUUCCAGUGGUAGUUGAUAGACAAAGGAGAGAUGAAAGUCAAACACCAAGUUAUGAACAUGGUUUCUGUGUUGGUUUUAAAGGAAAUCAGGUCAAUGGUAAAGAUAACAACAAGUAUCACAUAAAUAACCAUCUGAGCUUCAAAGUCAUGUACCAUAAGGACCCUGAGAGUGAAGAUGCUCACAUUGUUGGCUUUGAGCAUGGUUUCCAUGAUCAUGAUGAGCUGUUGACUGAUUUGAACACAAUACAAGAGAUUUCUGUUGAGGAUCGCGACGCCGGCAAGCCUCCGUUAGUAUCCCCUGCUGGAGAGAAAGACACAGAUGAAGAGAUGAGAACAUGUGAAGAAGACGAGAAGAACAAGCACUGGUUCUCAGUCAACACAAGUCAAGAGAGAAAGGAUGAAUAA